AUGGAUUACCACCACAUUCAGUCAAGCGUUCGAAAAAACGAACUCAAAUUUCAGAAGAAAAGGCUGACUCAAGAUCAGGUUAGUCUCCUAGAAAAAAGCUUUAAUUUCAAUAACAAACUGGAUCCAGAUCGCAGGUCCCAACUAGCCCACCAGCUGGGUCUACCACCUCGCAAGGUUGCAAUUUGGUACCAAAACAAGCGUGCCCGGUGGAAGAAUGAAAACCUUGAGGUUGAUCACAAGGCUUUGCAGCUAAGAUUGGAAAAUCUGUUAGCAGAUAAUGAGAGGCUUCAAAGUGAAGUUGGGAGGCUUAAGCAGGAGUUGCAUAAGGCUCAAGAAAUGCUGUUAUCGGUGAACAAUACACCUUAUUCUUCUCUUUCCUCCCAGAUCUCUAGCAGUUGUGAUGAAGUUGGAAGCUCGAGUUUGGUUCAUGGUUCCAGGAAUCACUUGGACAAGGACUUCUUUGCUUGUUUAAUUGGCGGUGAAGGUCAGUUUGGGAACACAAAUGAUCAAGAAUUUUUCCGUUCAUCUAUUUCUUGA